CGAGUAUAUAAGUGAACUUGCUAUGGUAUCACUUCCAUUUGGAUCGUUCGUUUCGCCAUGUCGCACAGGAAGUUCAGUGCCCCUCGCCAUGGGUCUAUGGGAUUCUAUCCUAAAAAAAGAUCCCAGCGGCAUCGCGGAAAAGUUAAGGCUUUCCCUAAAGAUGAUCCGAACAAACCUGUUCACUUAACGGCUUUUAUUGGAUACAAAGCUGGUAUGACGCAUGUUGUACGCGAAGCUGAUAGGCCUGGGUCAAAGGUGAAUAAAAAAGAAAUUGUAGAAGCAGUUACAAUUCUUGAAACACCACCAAUGAUUGUAGUUGGCGUUGUUGGGUACAUUGAAACCCCACAUGGUCUUCGUGCACUUACAACAGUAUGGGCAGAACAUCUUUCUGAAGAUUGUCGUAGACGCUUCUACAAGAAUUGGUACAAGAGUAAGAAGAAGGCUUUUACUAAAGCCUCUAAAAAAUGGCAGGAUGAUCUUGGUCGUAAAUCUAUAGAGAAAGAUUUAAAAAAAAUUAUCAAGUAUUGUAAGGUCGUACGCAUUAUUGCUCAUACGCAGAUGAAAUUGUUGAGACAACGUCAGAAGAAAGCUCAUAUUAUGGAGAUUCAACUGAAUGGAGGAACUAUUGAUCAAAAAGUUCAAUGGGCUCGUGAACACCUGGAAAAACCUGUACCUAUUAGUAAUGUAUUUGCACCAGAUGAAAUGAUUGAUGUUAUUGGAGUUACUAAAGGAAAAGGAUAUAAAGGUGUUACAUCUCGUUGGCAUACUAAGAAAUUGCCACGCAAAACUCAUAAAGGUUUGAGGAAAGUUGCUUGCAUUGGUGCAUGGCAUCCAAGUCGUGUUUCAUUUACUGUUGCACGUGCAGGACAAAAAGGAUAUCAUCAUCGCACAGAAAUGAAUAAAAAGAUUUAUCGUAUUGGUCAAGGCAUACACACGAAGGAUGGCAAGAUUAUUAAAAAUAAUGCCUCGACAGAGUAUGAUCUUACUGAAAAAACUAUUACUCCAAUGGGUGGUUUCCCACAUUAUGGUGAAGUUAAUAAUGACUUCAUUAUGAUCAAAGGUUGUUGUAUGGGACCAAAGAAACGUGUCAUUACGCUUCGUAAGUCUUUAUUGGUACACACGAAACGGUCUGCUUUGGAAAAGAUUAAUCUGAAAUUCAUCGAUACAAGUUCGAAGUUUGGACAUGGUCGUUUCCAAACAGCUGCAGACAAGGUAUCCUUUAUGGGUCAACUCAAAAAAGAUCGUCUUCGAGAGGAGCAAGCUCAAGCAACUACUGCAGCUCCUGCAACUGCCAGUGCACAAUAAAACUAUUUUCUUUGUGCAUUUUGAUCAAAAUAAAAAUAUGAAUCAAUCAA